GGCGAGCUCAGCGGCUGCGCAGACUGGUGCGCGUGGGCGGUCAUGGGACUUCAGCAUGGCGGUGUUUGCAGAUUUGGACCUGCGAGCGGGUUCUGACCUGAAGGCUCUGCGCGGACUUGUGGAGACAGCCGCUCACCUUGGCUAUUCAGUUGUUGCUAUCAAUCAUAUCGUUGACUUUAAGGAAAAGAAACAGGAAAUUGAAAAACCAGUAGCUGUUUCUGAACUCUUCACAACUUUGCCAAUUGUACAAGGAAAAUCAAGACCAAUUAAAAUUUUAACUAGAUUAACAAUUAUUGUCUCGGAUCCAUCUCACUGCAAUGUUUUGAGAGCAACUUCUUCAAGGGCCCGGCUCUAUGAUGUUGUUGCAGUUUUUCCAAAGACAGAAAAGCUUUUUCAUAUUGCUUGUACACAUUUAGAUGUGGAUUUAGUCUGCAUAACUGUAACAGAGAAACUACCAUUUUACUUCAAAAGACCUCCUAUUAAUGUGGCAAUUGACCGAGGCCUGGCUUUUGAACUUGUCUAUAGCCCUGCUAUCAAAGACUCCACAAUGAGAAGGUAUACAAUUUCCAAUGCCCUCAAUUUGAUGCAAAUCUGCAAAGGAAAGAAUGUAAUUGUAUCUAGUGCUGCAGAAAGGCCUUUAGAAAUAAGAGGGCCAUAUGACGUGGCAAACCUAGGCUUGCUGUUUGGGCUCUCUGAAAGUGAUGCCAAGGCUGCGGUGUCCACCAACUGCCGAGCAGCGCUUCUCCAUGGAGAAACUAGAAAAACUGCUUUUGGAAUUAUUUCUACAGUGAAGAAACCUCGGCCAUCAGAAGGAGAUGAAGAUUGUCUUCCAGCUUCCAAGAAAGCCAAACAGGGUCUCACUGUCACCCAGGCUGGAGUGCAGUGGCACAAUCUCGGCUCACUGCAACCUUUGCCUCUUGGUCUCAAGCCAUCCUCCCACCUCAGCCUCCCAAGAACUAGAAUUCAAGAAAGACAACUUUGGAUCUCUCAUCAGAGAGCUCAUACUCGCAAGAACAGGCUUUGACCCUUCUUUAAAAGAUUGGUACCCAAGUAUACAUUUAUCUAUUUUAAGCUCAAAAUGCUUCACAGGAUGUAUGUUCAAUUUUUUGCGAUGUCCCACCUUAAUUUAUGAAUUAGUGAUGUACCAGUUACAGUUGCACCAGAUACAGUAAGAUUUUCAUGUUAUAGAAAGGAGGUAAAAUUAUUUGCAGAUAUGACUGCCUUGGAAAACUCGUGAAAUAAAUGGGAAAAAAUAGAAAUAUAGGUACCUUUCAGCUUACAUCCAUUUACUACACAUUUGUGUAGUAUGUGUUUGCAGUUGUGCCUGCUUUCUAUUCAUAUAUGUUUAUGCCAUUGUUCACAAUAGUAGGGCAUGAUGGCUGAUCACCAGUGAAUAGCAGAGGCAAGUUUCCUUCUAAUAUUUACUUUCGUUAGAAUGAACCACUAAUUUAAUUGCUGCAAGAUGACAAUACCUCUGCCAAACCAAGAUGAAGUUUGGCAGAGUGGCCAAUUAUGUAUAAAUACACAAAGACCAGUUUUGAUUAAUAACCUGUUAAAUAAUUUUAAAAGAUGACACUAUUCACAAAGACAUAAAUUACCAAGAAAUGUAUAGGGCCUCUAUAAAGAAAACUUAAAUGAAAGUAAUAAGAGAAUAAAGGGAAAAUAAAGACUAGAAUACAUGGAGAGAGACAUUCUGUUUUCUUGAAUGAGACAAAUUAUAAAUCAAAUUCUCCCCCAAAUUACACAUUUAACAAAAUUUAAAAUCAAAAUACCUAGAAGUAUUUUUUGUUUCUUGUUUAUGUGUUUGGUCUUUGGACUUGGUAUUCUGGAAGAGUAAAUAUGAGAAUUGGAAAUUUCAGGGAGAAACCUAAUGGGAGGGACUUACAAUGCUGAAUAUUACAGAGUAUAACAAAACUCUAGUACUGUAAUUAAAACUAAUUGGUGCAGAACUUCAGAAAGAACAGUGAAAAGAGCAGGAAGUCCAAGAUCACACUUUAGAUAUAAGAAGAAAUGCUGGAUUGAUUGUUCAGUAAGUGAUACUGAAAUAAUUGGUUAUCUAUUUGGGAGAGGCAGUACAGCAUACCAGUUAAGUGCAUAGGGGAAAGAAAAACUAAAUGCAUUUAAAGCCCAACUUGCUAGUACUCAUUAGCUAUGACCUUGGGCAAAUUAUGUAACCUCUCUGCCUCACUUCAUCUGUUCUCCCUACCUGUGACAUUAUUGCAAGGGUUAAGUAGGUUAGUAUUUGUGGAAGGCUUACUUUGAACAGGGCCUAUCAUAUAAAAUGUACCAACUACGGCCGGGCACCAUGGCUUACACUUGUAAUCUCAGCCCUUCGGGAGGCCAAGGAGGGCAGAUAACUUGAGGUCAGGAGUUCAAGACCAGCCUGGCCAACAUGGCAAAACCCCGUCUCUACUGAAAAUACAAAAUCAGCCAAGCAUGGUGGCCCGUGCCUGUAAUCCCUGCUACUCGGGAGGCUGAGGCAGAAAAAUUGCUUGAACCCGGGAGGUAGAGGUUGUAGUGAGCUGCGAUUGUGCCACCGCAUUCCAUUCUGGGCGAGAGAGUGAGACUCUGCCUAAAAAAAAGAAAGUACCAACUAUUUUAUUAUUUAUUACUUGAUUAUGUUAACUUAAAUAUUGAAGUGUCAGCUAUUAUUUAAGAAAAAACUAAGUCAAAUCUCUAUCUCACACCCAAUACACACCCAUAGUAAAUCCAGGUAGAUUAAAGAUUUAAAUUUUUUUAAAAACUUGUAAAAUACUAGAGGAAAAUGUAAGUUAAUUAAAAAAAUAAUAAUCUUGGAUUGGAAUAGACCUGCUAAGCAUGAUCAUCAAAGCCAGAAAACAAAGUUUGAUUGAUUUGUCUCUACAUAACAACAACUAGGAAAGUACAUUUACAAUGCAUAUUCCAGGAAGGUUUCAUAUGCUUAGCUUUUAAGAAUUUUUUUUUUUAAAUACCCAACAUAACAUGCUGUUAGCAUCCACACAGAUCCCUGUUCCCAGGGUGGUGUACCUAUUUUGCCAGUGCUUCAGAUUUUGGGUACUAAUGACUUAUCUUCACCCUUUUCCAGAGGAUUGUCCUGGGCUGAUGAGAGUCACUUUACCUGAAGAUACCUGGGAAGUUUUGUCUCCUCUGAGGCUGGCCCAUGGCCAGUGACUGAUGCAGGACAUUACAGCCCGGCCCAUUGGCCUCGGUGGUACAAUUUAUGCUCUUGAGCACCCCAUGGGAUUACGCUGUGUGUGGAUUUCUCCUGAAACCACAUAUUUGCCUCUUCUGCCCUGUUCUGUUUCCUCAUUCCCUUAUAGAGAACUCUCAGUAAGUCACUUGCACAAGAAUCCUAAUUUGAAAUGCUGCUUCCGGGAGACCUGACUUAGAAAACUGGACAAAUAAAGUUGAUUUUUUUAAAUGUCCAGUAACAUGAAGAUGCUGAACUUUCCGAGUCAUUUAGGGGAAAAUCACCACAAAUAUAUCUGGCUGAUCAGGUUGAAAGUUAAAAGAAAAAAAGAUUAUAUUAUAAAGUGGAUAUUUUCAAGAUGAUGUGGAGGGAGAUACAAUUUGAUGCAAGUCAUACUUUUUAUGUCAAUUUGUUCUUCAGAAAUAACUGGUUAAUUAUAAAGGGUGGAUGGAUAAGGAUAUUCACUGCAACAAUGUCUUAAAUGUGAAAAUGGAAACAACCUAAAUACCCAAUAAUAACAGGAUUAAAUAAUUCAUUGUACAUUAAAACAAAAGAAUACUGUCUAUAAAGAUGUCUAGAAUAAGUUGUUCAGUUGAAGAAGUUGUAAAGCUAAAUACACAAUACCCAUAAUGUGCACAGAAAUAAUCAGAAUGUCAUGAAACCA